CAUCUUUUGCGAUUAAGGUUGGAAAUAACAUUCCUAAAAUUUUAAAUUGGAAGAUGACCAAUUUGCAGCGUAACUCACGCUUGAAAACAAUUUGGAAAGAAGUUUUCGGAAAAAAUAAGAUUACUUGUGUUCCUUUGGCUCCUGUGGAUGAUAAUAGAAGUACAACCAUUGAGCAAAUUGGAUUAAAUCACGACUCUUCUAGUCCAAGAAUGAAUGAUAGAAGGACAAAUUUGCAAAAAGAGAUUGAAGUAAAUCAUCAUUCUUCUAGUCUAAAAAUGAAUAAAGAUGAACACACCAUUUUGUUAAAGGAUUUAAUGAAAGAGAGUGCUUCUCUUAAAGCAUUAAAUGUUGAGAUUAGAGAAGAAAAUGUCGAAAUUAAGAAAGAAAAUGCUGAAAUCAGAGAAAAAAUUACUGAAAUAACAAACGAGAAUUGUGGAUUAAAAGAUGAAAUAGCUGCCGUGAGAAAACAAGUUGAUGUGUUCAUGCAAUAUUUUACAGAUCUUCUCGAGUUGAAGACAAGUUUCAAAAAUAUUGAGAAACUUGUAUUAUGGUUAGCGGAGAAUGGUGGUGCAGAGAAGAGAACUUGUGGAGAAAAAGAGAAUGCUAAAGAAAGCAGCGAAGAUCUUGUCUUUUUGAAUGAAAGUAAAAACACUUUUUCCCGAAGGAAUUUUCACGAGUGCACAAAUGAAUUGAAAUCUAGUAAUACUGUUUUUAGCGGUCCAGAUUGUCAUCCUAAUGUUGCAGAGAUUUUACAGGAUUCUAAUGUAAAAAUUCAUCAAAUGAAAGAAGGACAACAAGACAAGGAAGCAAAUGAGGGAUCUAGAAGCAUGGAUCAUGUCAAUGAUGAAGAUAAAGAAGUUGUAGAGGCAAACAAAAGUGGAAAAGCAAUAAUUGAGAGCGAUGAUGAUAUUCCAACCUUCAAUCUUUUAUCUCAAUCAUUUUCGGAAAAUGAAAAUGAGCCGUUGUGUGAAACAUUGAAGGUGUUACGUAGUAAAAGAAAGAGGAAGACAACCUUAAGCCGCUAUCUUAUUUCUCCAUUUGAGCCAUUGAAUAAACCAAAGGGCGCAAGAUAACGUGAUCACUAAAGACUCAACAUUCAACAAGUAUCAAUUUUUUGAUACUUCAUAUGUGUUUUUUCUAGUUAUUCUAAAACAAAAGUACAACUUCUUAGUUUUAACCCAUUUUAUAGUUUCUUAAUAUUAGUUUCCUUUUUUUGUUAUAUACUUAAGGAAUGCUUUUGGAAUAGGUACUUGAUUGAAUGACAUUCAAGGUUUACUAAAACCAAUUGAGUAAUACAAGAUAGCAAUUUUGCAAAAAAUUAUUAA